AUGCCAGAUUUUAUCAUUUAUUUGCUUGAGUCUUUCCGUCUUGAUAACUGCCUGGUUUCUUUGUAUCUCGCUCGACUUACUUUCUUCGAAACAAAACCAAAGACUUUCUCUCCAUAUCCCGAUCAGCUCUCGCCUUUUCCAUUCACCCUUAGGAUAACUGCCUGGUUUUUCUUUGUAUCUCGCUCGACUUACUUUCUUCGAAACAAAACCAAAGACUUUCUCUCCAUAUCCCGAUCAGCUAGGGGUCGCCUUUUCCAUUCACCCUGCAUUUUCUUCGAAAACAAAACCAAAGACUUUCUCUCCAGGGUCGGCAAGGCUAAAUAUGUUGAGACUUUGCUAUCUCGUUUCCAUCUAUAUGUUGAGAUAACUGCCUGGUUUCUUUUGUAUCUCGCUCGACUUACUUUCUUCGAAACAAAACCAAAGACUUUUCUCCAUAUCCCGAUCAGCUCUCGCCUUUUCCAUUCACCCUUAGGGUCGGCAAGGCUAAAACCUACUUUGCUAUCUGUUCCAUCUAUAUAUAACUGCCUGGUUUCUUUGUAUCUCGCUCGACUUACUUUCUUCGAAACAAAACCAAAGACUUUCUCUCCAUAUCCCGAUCAGCUCUCGCCUUUUCCAUUCACCCUUAGGGUCGGCAAGGCUAAAACCUACUUUUGCUAUCUGUUCCAUCUAUAUGUUGAGAUAACUGCCUGGUUUCUUUGUAUCUCGCUCGACUUACUUUCUUCGAAACAAAACCAAAGACUUUCUCCAUAUCCCGAUCAGCUCUCGCCUUUUCCAUUCACCCUUAGGGUCGGCAAGGCCUGGUUACUUUGCUAUCUGUUCCAUCUAUAUGUUGAGAUAACUGCCUGGUUUCUUUGUAUCUCGCUCGACUUACUUUCUUCGAAACAAAACCAAAGACUUUCUCUCCAUAUCCCGAUCAGCUCUCGCCUUUUCCAUUCACCCUUAGGGGUCGGCAAGGCUAAAACCUACUUUUGCUAUCUGUUCCAUCUAUAUGUUGAGAUAACUGCCUGGUUUCUUUGUAUCUCGCUCGACUUACUUUCUUCGAAACAAAACCAAAGACUUUCUCUCCAUAUCCCGAUCAGCUCUCGCCUUUUCCAUUCACCCUUAGGGGUCGGCAAGGCUAAAACCUACUUUUUGCUAUAUCUGUUCCAUCUAUAUGUUGAGAUAACUGCCUGGUUUCUUUGUAUCUCGCUCGACUUACUUUCUUCGAAACAAAACCAAAGACUUUCUCUCCAUAUCCCGAUCAGCUCUCGCCUUUUCCAUUCACCCUUAGGGGUCAGCAAGGCUAAAACCAAAGACUUCAGCUAUCUGUUCCAUCUAUAUGUUGAGAUAACUGCCUGGUUUCUUUGUAUCUCGCUCGACUUACUUUCUUCGAAACAAAACCAAAGACUUUCUCUCCAUAUCCCGAUCAGCUCUCGCCUUUUCCAUUCACCCUUAGGGGUCGGCAAGGCUAAAACCUACUUUGCUAUCUGCUUCCAUCUAUAUGUUGAGAUAACUGCCUGGUUUCUUUGUAUCUCGCUCGACUUACUUUCUUCGAAACAAAACCAAAGACUUUCUCUCCAUAUCCCGAUCAGCUCUCGCCUUUUCCAUUCACCUUUAGGCUCAGCUCUUUUCCAUUUCACCUUAGGGUCGGCAAGGCUAAAACCUACUUUGCUUUUAUCUCUGUUCCAUCUAUAUGUUGAGAUAACUGCCUGGUUUCUUUGUAUCUCGCUCGACUUACUUUCUUCGAAACAAAACCAAAGACUUUCUCUCCAUAUCCCGAUCAGCUCUCGCCUUUUCCAUUCACCUUUAGGGGAAACAAAACCAAGACUUACUUUCUUCGAAACAAAAACCAAAGACUUUCUCUCCAUAUCCCGAUCAGCUCGCCUUUUUCCAUUCACCCUUAGGGUCGCUUCUUCUUCUUCUUCUUCUUCUUCACAUUUCCUCCUCCAUUUUCCAUUGAUGACUCCUUCUUUGUUGAACGUCUUCUUCUUUUUCUUCUUCAUCUUCACAUUUCCUCCUUCAUUUUUCAUUGAUGACUCCUUCUUUGUUGAACGUCUUCUUCUUUUUCUUCUUCUUCACAUUUCCUCCUUCAUUUUUCAUUGA